AGCUUUAGAUGUCAAUAUAUUUACUUAUAGUUAUCGUUUAUAAUAGAUUGGAACAAUAAAGCGAUAUUAAUACAUUUUAAUUUACAAUUAACUAGCUAUCUUUUUUCUUUCUACACGAUGCAGUAUAAUUUUAAUGUUUUAAGUGCUAUACGAUUUAACAUUUUAUAACUUAUAUUCACAACAUAAAUUGCUAAAGUAAGCUUGUUUAAAUUCAAAAAAUGAUUUAGCUCUAUCAUAAACAUUUAAAGGUUGUAGUGAACUAAUUGGAUAUUUAAAAAAAUGGAACCUCAAGCUGAUCGUAUGAUAAGAGCUAAACCCGAUAAGAAUAUUGCUGGCCUCUAUGACAUGGAACGUUCAUUAGGAUCUGGACAUUUUGCAGUAGUAAAGUUAGCAAGACAUGUUUUCACAGGUGAAAAGGUGGCGGUUAAAGUAAUAGACAAAAGCAAGCUUGAUGGUGUUGCUAAAUCUCAUCUUUAUCAAGAAGUUAGAUGUAUGAAGCUAGUACAACAUCCUAAUAUAGUUAGACUUUAUGAAGUAAUUGAUACCCAAACAAAAUUGUACCUUAUUUUGGAAUAUGGGGAUGGUGGUGACAUGUAUGAUCAUAUCAUGAGAUAUGAAGGGCAAGGAAUAAGCGAAGCAAAAGCAUGUCAUUAUUUUAGACAAAUAUUAAGUGCUAUAGAUUAUUGUCAUAAACUGCAUGUUGUUCAUCGAGAUUUAAAGCCUGAAAAUGUAAUUUUUUUCAAGUCUCAAGACAUAGCCAAAUUAACAGAUUUUGGUUUUUCAAACAGUUUUAUGCCUGGUGAAAAGUUAUAUACUUCAUGUGGAUCACUUGCAUAUUCUGCCCCUGAAAUAUUACUUGGGGACUCUUAUGAUGCACCUGCUGUUGAUGUAUGGUCAUUGGGAGUCAUACUGUAUAUGAUGGUUUGUGGUAAAGGUCCUUUUAACCAUGCAAAUGAUUCUGAAACACUUACAAUGAUAAUGGAUUGUCGCUAUGAUUUGCCAUCUACUUUAUCUUCACGCUGCAAAAGCUUAAUUUCUCGAAUGCUCGUACGACAGCCAUCAAGCAGAGCUUCCAUUGCAAAUAUUCUUGAUGACCCUUGGCUUAGUGAGAGUUCAUUACCAAAAAUGAUGACAAGAAAACCACUUAUAUCAGAGGUCAAUAUACCCAGUGAGAUACAUUCAAUAGUACUGAAAAAAAUGGAAAAUGGGAAUAUUUCAACCAGAGAGCAAAUAGAAAAAUCUUUACGAGAAAAAGCUUACAAUCAUAUUGCUGCAACAUAUUUUCUGCUUGCAGAGCGUGCUUUAAAGAAAAUUUAUGUUGGUGCAUUUCAUGUAAAAAAUGAAGGUUAUAAUAUGUUUUCAAGCUCUAUUGCCAGAUCUACAAGCCAAGUUGAUUGUCCGACUGAAAUAACUCAAGAUGAUUCUAUAGAAGUAAUCAACUAUCCAAUUACAAACGAUCUUACUAGGGAGCAUUCACAAUCGGAUGAAUGUUUGGUAAGUGAAUCUUCUCAUGAUGACGAGUUUCAAAUAAAGCCACUUCAGCCUCGAACACAGCGACUUACUUAUCCAAGUUCAAUCUAUACAAAACAGAACACUAAAAGCUCAUCCAAUCUUUUAAAUGAGAUAUCUGAAGAACAUCAUUCUGCUGACGAAAGUCCACGAUCUUCACCUCUGCAACGCCGAGCUUCUCAAAGGCGUAGGCAAUACCAUGCUUGUCGAUUGUCACCCAUUCAUAGUAGGCGAUCGAGCUGCAGCAGCUCUGAUGAUGAAGAGUUGCAUUUGCUAACAGAGAGAAGGAGAAGAUCUGGAUUAGGUUUGCAGACACUGCAGACCAGUUUUCAAUCAUUAAAUACAUUUACUCAGAAUACUUCUGGAAAUUGUAUAGGUAAACAAAAUUUUAUCUGUUCCCAACAAAUGGAUAAAAAAACGGACUUAGAAAAUUUCUUUUUAUCGUCUUUAAACUCAAACUUAUCAAAACAACGUACAUCAUACGGGCGCUACUUAAGUGAUACCAAUCUAACAUCUCGUUAUCUUCAGCUACAUUUAGCAAUAUUAAACAAAAAAAAAGAUAAAAUGGUAAAAAGUUCUAGUGACACCAAUCUUUCAUCAACUGUGCUGCAAGAUCCACACAACAUAUUUCUUACUUCUCAAUUUAUUAAGAACAAGGAUUUAUUUCUUAAAGGAAUAAAAAGAAGCAGUAUUAAUAGCUCCAGCUUUUCGUCUCCUAUUGAGGAAGAGCCUCCUAAUGAACUUUCGAAUUCCCACCCGUUGACUGAGGGUAACAUAUCGGAUAAAUCUCAUAAAUGUGCAUCCCUCAGCAAAUUGUCAGAGUCAAUAAAACGAAAUCGCAAGCAAUAUAGCGAUUCAGACCUGUCAAUAAAGAGUUGUGAUGCCGAAAUCCGUUUCUAUAUUGAAAACAUUAUUAAUACCGAUAGACUAUCAAAUUUGUCAAAAAUCGUUAGUGUGUACACAGGAGGUCUUUCUCAAAUCCUUUGAUCACACCUCUCAGCGUUUGGUGUUUCUUAGUUUAGCAUCGCACAUAAAUAUAUUUUUAAAUAACUUAUGAUGAAGUUUUUAGACGUUUGGAGUAAUUUACUUUUAAAGGUCGUUAACAACAACUUUAUGUUUACUCUUGUAUCUAAUGUCGUCAAUAGUUAAUUUUUGUCAUCCGUAAAGUUAAAUUAAAGUUGAAGCAAAGUAAACGAAUGAACUUAAUAAUUUAUUUGAAUUUCCUUUGGUAAUUUUGGAGUUUCCUUUGUUGCCUAUUCGGAGUUGUAAUUUGAUCUUAGUCUAAAAUAUUAAAUUUGUUUCCGUUUGUA